GACCUUCCGUCCGCUGGGUAUCAGCCCAAUUAUGUACGCAUCCAUGCUACGGCUGAGAACCACUGGGCUAGCCCAGUAUUUACGGCCUGAUUUGCUAAUGUGGUAGAAUCUAGAAUCUGAUUUGUGAUCGGAGAAAAUACAAGUAGGAAAGCGAUCGAAUGAAGAGAAGCACAACCCGUUGGUAACGUAAACGUUUCGAGGUUCGACUAGGUUUAGGAACCAAGACACGAGAGUGCCCUAGUCUUGGGUUUUUUUCUGUCAAUCAAACGUUUGAUCGCGUUCAUUCGCUCAAUUUAUUUAUAUAAAUCCUCGGUUGUGCCCAAGGCAAUGGAACAAGAAGGGCAACGACACUCUUCGAACCCAUCAGCAAUGCUCGCUGCUGUUCUCUGUAAAAGAGCCAAACUUCAUGAGGAACUCCGUAACAUCGAAAAACAGGUGUAUGACAUGGAGACAAGUUAUUUACAGGAUCCAAGCCAAUGUGGAAAUGUAUUGAAAGGUUUUGAAGGCUUCCUAUCAUCAUCUAAGAGCACUACCCUCUUGAAGCGAUCCAGGAAGUUUCAGCCUGAAGAUAGACUUUUUUCAUUAUCUUCGGUCACCUCACCAGCUGCAGAAGAGCAUGUUGUUGGACGAGAUGUUGGAGGUCUUGCUGCCAAUGGACAGGGAAAACCGAAGAGGGGAAGAGGAGGGCCAAGAGAUGCAAAAAGAAUCAGACAAUCAAGUGAUGCAGAUUACGACUAUGAAGAUGAUCCUGAUCUUUAGCAACCUCAGCAAGACAAGUUUCUCUUCUAAUGAGUUCUUUAAGGAGAACAAAUUAUUGUUUUUAUUCGUGUAAAUGUCUGCAGGCUCAUAGUGAACAAAAAGCACAUUUGGCUACUGUAAUCAGUUAAUGUUAUUGGAGGCUUGAACCGGUUUGUGGUGGCAUAUCUUGAUGACAUUAAGUGGUCUAUGGUCAGACGCUCGAAGAGCGUACAUGGAGCACUUACACGACAACCUACUUUACGUCAAGAAGGAUAAUUGCUGUUUUGCUCAACGAGGUGUCUUGUUCCUUGGAAAUCGGAUCAGGGGAGGGACCAUUUGCACGACUAACUAAUCUAGUUUUUGUAAAGGUUUCUGUCGGUGCCUGCCGGGAAAGACUCAAAAGAAUUUCAAAGUAAGGUCACUGUUAUAUUACUGCUGCAAUCAGUUCGUAAACAGGAUUUUCUAUUUGAGACGUUUGCCUGGCUUCCAGCGAUGGCAUGAUAUCCAUAUGACAAUUUUGUUGCAACUUGCAAGUGCUCGUUUGAUGUCGAUGAUGUCGUUGACAUCACCAAGAAUCCACCUCCCUUUUUUUCUUUUUCUGUUUUUUUGCCUAGGAUACUAUGAGACCCGAUGACAAGUGUUAUCUAUCUCUAGCGUCGUGGCUCAAAUUUGACUGUGUAUCUAGUAUGUUUCGAAAUCUGUGCUUGAUGUGGUGAUUGGUUUUUCUGUCAUUUAAUUUAAUAUAGUACGUACUAACUAGU